AUGCCUUCCUUCCUACGUACUAGCGAUAGGCGCUGCGCCGAGUUCAUCAUGCAUCCCAAUGGGCACUGUGUGCGUCUUCCAAACGGCUCCGAACUCUACUUCACAUUCCCCAUCCACUUGGACACUCGGCAACCCAUGCCGCCCCAGGAUCUAGAAGCACUUGCUGCAUACCUAGAGCGAACUCAACCACCCCCUGUAGAAGGACCCGACGAUCCCAUUUACCAGAAUAGCCUCGCCGUGCGAGGUCUCAUUAGCGACUGGCUCCAAGGCUCCCAGUACCUCGACGACAUGGAGAUGUAUGCGUGGAAGUCUGGUCAUGGCUUUCCGACAUUCGAAGAUGAAUUCGGCCUUCCGGUCGAUUUCGAGUGGCUGUGGGAUGUCAUCGCUUUUGAGGGGGGUGAGGAGUUGGUCUCCCGUUAUGUCGAAUACAUUAACGAUUCUGCUGAGCUACACGCACAAGGUCAUGCCGAAGACCACCAUGACUCCGCUUCUAUAGGCCGCGCUAUUGGCACAUCCCACACGCCUCCUCCCGGCUCUCCGCUCGAGCAACCUCAGCAUCACCGCUUCGGUCGGUUCCGUGUGGCAACCCAGUCCGACGGACCCGUCUCCGUAGGUGGAGCUGACUUUGCAAACAUGGACGAUUGUCUAGCAUUCCUGGAUACCCUUACCGACAUCGAAGCGAAGUUGCUCAGUAAGAACAUCAUACAGUUGGAAGGUGAUGGUUCCACUGGGUUGCGCAUGGUACCUGGACCGAAUGCGAAGUUCCUCCCUGAGCGGACUACGCAGGGUAAGAAGGAACCUGUUCAGAUUCAAGCAUCCCCAGCUGAUCACCAACUUCGUCAUGUGCAUGUCCAACAAGCAGAUCAAGGACCACAACCCAUUGUUUUCCUUCAAAAGAACCCUGCAAAACAAGGCCAGGGGCCCGUCCAAGAACAAAAGUCAGGCUUCAAGCGCGUAGGCUCACCACCCAAGCAGACGGUGGCCGUCGAGCUCGAUCCCUUCCGCUUCUACGGCCGGGAACCUGCACACGAGGCACGGCAUGAAGCUGCCAACGACCAGAGGCUGUUGGAAGAGCUCCGAAACCUAUGGGAUGAGUCCCAAAACCUAGCCGAUCAGUACCACCAGACUUCCAGGCAACCCCCUACUUGGCAUGCCAAAGAUCCACGGAAGGCCUAUAACAAGGUAGUAACAAUUGAUCUGCGCGAGCAAGGCGCACCCUCAUUUCGACCUCUAUUCCCGCUCCCCGACGUAGAUCCUUCCAAGAAGACCACUCUCGCUCACAAGUCCACCCCCGCUCCCAAACCCGCCGACUCUGUCGCUGCAGAGGCCCGUCGUAAAGUCUUCGGCGCCGAACCAAGUGCUCACCGUAUUUUGUCGUUUCAAGAAACCACUAGUCUGCCCAUGCGCUCGAGGGUGACUGGUAUAUCUCCAAGCCGCGGUGCUAGUGUCGACGACCCCGCAUACCGUAUGUGUGGGACGAGUGUGCAUCAGGCGCAUGCGGAGGACAGCCCGGAGGAUUCGCCUCGUCCAGCUCCCAGUUCGUGGAGGGAUGUUUAA